AUGUUAAGUAUUUUUAUAUGCUUUAUUAUAGCAUUUCUAUCAAAAUUAUCACUAUCAGAAAAUGUACUAUACUCAAAUAUUUCAUCUUUAGUAGGUCACAUAAAUUUUGUAUUACCAGUACCAAAUUUAAUAAGUGACCAUGUACUUGUUUCAAGUUCUAAUAGCAACAUCGGAUUGCUAAAUUAUAAAACAGGAAUACUAAAAAAUGUAUUAAAUUAUAAAAAAAAUGAAGAUAUAAAAAAGGUACAUACAAAUGAUAAAUAUACAUUUGUAUUGAUUACAAACAGAAAUUUGCAAGGAAGUGAAAAAAACAAUUUUCCAAAUGAUGAUACAUAUUCAUAUAUUAAUGUAUAUACGGGGGAAGAACUUUAUUUAUUAAAUAUUAUUGAAUAUAAAAAUGAGACGGUUAUCGAUUUUAUAGUUAUUGAUGAAAACGUAUAUGUUUUAUUAAAUGACAGAAUAAGUAUAAGAAAUGUAAAUGAUAAUUCGAUCAAUUCAAUAAUUUUCAAAGAGAAUAAUAUAAAUUCUAUUUAUUCAAAAAUUAUUAAAAAAGGAUAUAAUAAUUUAUCUUUGUUAUAUGUGGAUAGCGAUUUGUUUUGUCAUUUAGUUUUAUUUGACACUAUAAAUAAUAAAAUUAUACAUAAAAAAAAAAUUAUUAACUUUCAAAUAAAUAAUAAACUUAAUAAUCAUGUUAGUGUAAUAAAUAACAAAAAUGCAAUUGUUAUAUAUAAUAAAAAGGAUAUCCACAUUAUUGAAUUGCCAAACCAGGAAAAUAACAAUAAUGGCGACAUUGUUUAUAAUUAUUAUUAUCAAAAAGUAAAUGGCGAAAACAAGGAUGGAGAAAUAGAAGAAGAAACACACGAUAAGUCUAACUUUAUUAUGGAUAAUGAAAUGGAAAACUUAAACAUAGACGAAUAUUUUGUGAUAAAGCUUGGAAACGAUGAAUAUAUUUCCAUGUAUAAAACUGGAAAGCAUACAAACGCAGAUGAUAAUAACAUAAUAAAAUUGAUAAAACAAAAGGUGGGGGAAAACGAGCUCAUAGGAUAUUAUUUAGAUAAGCAUAACAAAAAGAAGCUAAUAUACUGCGAGGAUAAAGAAGGUAAAAUAUUUGUUAAAUCGAUAAAUGAGCAAAAUAUUAUAAAUAAAAGAAAACGUGGAGAAAAAGAUAAUAAUAAUACUAUUGCAAUUUUAAAUAAAGGGAGCAAUGUUUAUUAUCAUGGAGAAUUAUUUAUUGGGCUAUAUGAUGAAGAAGAUAAAAGUAGCUAUUUCUUUAGUGUUUACCAGGACUCUUCUUUUUCGGUAUAUAAAAACAAUGAUGUGCAUUAUACUAGAGAAGAAGCUUUAUCAUAUGUAAAACAAAUGCAUUUUUAUAAUUUUGAUCAUUUAAAAAAUAAGAAAAAUAAAAGUGUAAAUAAUUUAAAUAUAUCGGAAUUUAGCAUAUUGAAAGAGUUAGAAAAAUAUUUAAAAAAUAAAAUAAGUUUAUUUAAAAAAUCAUACAUAGAAGAAAUAAUGAAAAAAAAAACUCAAUUGUCAUUAGUGCCAUUUAAUUUCUUUUACUUAACUGUUAAUGAAAAAUUAGCGAUUCUAAAUAUUUUGAUUAAUAAGAACGAACAAAAUGGCAUAAAAAGAAAAGCUCUUAUUGAUACAAAAGGGAAUGAUAAAAAUGGUUUAAAAAAGGAUAAUAAGGUAGGCUCAAAAGAUAAUAAUGAUUCUAUUAAUAUCGAUAACAAAGAUUAUAAAUACGAAAUGAUGGAAAAAUUAAUUAAAAAUGCGAUAGAAAAAUAUGAAACUGAUCAACGUUCGAAUUAUGCAAAAAAAUCAAUUGUGCUUGUAUCGACAUUAAAUAAUUUUAUAUUUGCAAUACAUUUAUAUACUGGAUUAAUUUUAUAUAAAAUUGAUAUGAAUCCUAUUAAAGGCGUAAAUAGUAUGAUAUCCUUAAAAAACAAGCAAUGUUCCUAUAGUUUGAAUAAAAAUAACUGGUCUGAAUAUGAGGAAGGAGGGAAAUUAGUAUUUCUUAACAAUGUAUCUAAAGGGGAUAAUAGUGUCACUACUUUUAAUCGCAUAGAUGGAUCUAUAAAUCAACCAAAUGAAUUAAGCUUGUUUAAGAGUUUUUCUAAAGACUCUGUUUUACUUAUUUUAAAAACGAAUUUUAUAUCCCAUAUAAUAAUAUUUGAUAUACUAACAACAGAUAUAAUUUUUGAAAGAAAAUUAAAUUCGUUCGUAAUUCAAAACCUUUUUAUUUAUACUAAUGGAAAUAAUAAAAGUAUAAUAGUUGUAGAUAAAAUGUUAAGAGCAAAAAUGAUACCUAUUGAAAAUGUCGUAGAUAAAAAAGAGAAAGCACCACAAAAUGGAGCUAUAACAAAAGUCGAUCUAGAAAAUGAAGAAUUUUACUUUUAUACUGUUAAUAGUGAAAAAAAAGCGAUCCAAGGAUACAGAAUAAUUGGGUCAAAUAAUAACAAUAAAUAUACAACUAAUAAUGAUAUUGAUUUAAGAGUAAUUGAAACUUAUUUUAUAAAUAUGAAUACCGAACAAAUAGAAGUUUAUGGAAAAUCUCUGACUAAGCAAAAGGAUAUUUUUUACCCUAUUAAAAUAAACAAAGAUGCUUCUAUAUGUUAUAAAUAUAUUAACAAUAAUAUUAUAACAUAUGUUACAAAAACUGAAAAUUAUAAUAAUAGCAUUUCUUCUAUUGCUUACACUAUAUAUAUUAUUGACGGAGUCACUGGAACCCUGAUUCACUCCAAAACUUUAGAUAAACACGCACGACCACCAUUCCAUAUAAUUAUAAAUGAAAAUAUAGUUGUGCUUCAUUUUUAUAAUGCAAAUAUAAAUAAAUAUGUUAUAAAAGCAUUUGAACUAUUAUUAGAUAAAAAAGAUCCUGGAUUUAUUAAUUUAAUUAGUUCAAAAAAAGAAAAAAUUGUUGAUCUUUUUGAUGUUAAAAAUGUUAUAAUAAAGGAACAAAAUUAUAUCAUAGACCAUAAUAUUAAGUCAUUUACUUUUACAGAAACAAAAAGAGGAAUAACAAAUAAACAUUUAUUACUUUUGCUAGACACUAAUAAAAUCGCUAUGGUCAAUUUAACCGGCGAAAAUAAAGAACCCACUUAUAAAAAUUUAAAUAUAUUUAUUACAAAUAAAAAUAUUUUAUAUAAUUCAAAAGGUUUUGUUUCAAAUGAAAGUAUGCUAGAAUCGACAACACUUAUUUUUUCAUGGGGUGAUUAUUUUUAUUUUACUUCGUAUCAGCCAAACGGGUCUUUUGAUACUAUGGACAGUUUUAGUAUUUUCUUUUUAUUAUUUUUAAUAAUUUCUGUGUUUAUAGCGACAUACUUUUCGUAUAUUAAAAGAAAAAAUAAAAUUAUUAAUGCUAAAUGGGCAUAA